AUGGUGGAUACGAUUAUGAGCCAUCCACCUGAUUACUACUGUAUGACGUACGGUGACUUUGAAGACGACGAACCGCAUAGCAGCGAGACUAGCAAGAGGCCAUCGGAAGGUUCGGUUGAAGACUCUCUUCGCGAUGUGCACGGACGUCUUCAUCAGCUGGCUUCCGAGAAUAUGAUCCUCGUUUUCAAACAGAACUAA